AUGGCAUCCCGGACGGCUAUGAGAUUGUUCGCCCUCGUCGCGGUGUGGACGGUCGCGGCCGCGACCUUCGGCGGCCAUGAACACGUGCACAUCAAGAUCCACGUGCCAGAGCUCGUGGAGGAUGUGCACCACGAGAAGAAGAUCGUGAAGGUGCACGAGGAGCACGGUGGAGGUGGGCACGACGAGCACGUGGAGAUUUCCUCUCCUUCUGGAGGUGACAUCGGUGGAGGUUUUGGAGGUGGCCAUGACUUCGGUGGUGGCCACGAUUUUGGCGGCGGUUUCGGAGGUCAUGGGGGUGGUUUCGGUGGAGGUCACGGAGGUGGGUUUGGAUCAAGCGGCCAUGGGGGUGGUUUCGGUGGAGGCCACGGAGGUGGGUUUGGAUCAAGUGGCCAUGGGGGUAGUUUCGGUGGAGGUGGCCAUGGAGGUGGAUUUGGAGGUGGCCAUGGAGGUGGAUUUGGAGGUGGCCACGUGAUCACCUACAGCUCCGGAGGUCACGGUGGCGGAUUUGGAGGAGGCCACGGUGGUGGAUUUGGGGGAGGUCACGGCGGUGGAUUCGGAGGAGGUCACGGCGGUGGAUUCGGAGGAGGUCAUGACGGUGGAUUUGGUGGAGGCCAUGGCGACAUCGGGGGUGGAUUUGGAGGUGGCGGACAUGGAGGAGCCAUCAUCGUGAGCGAACACCAUGGGGGUGGCGGCUAUGGAGGCUCCAGCAGUUUCGGAGGUGGUCACGGGGACAUAGGAGGCGGUCAUGGGGACAUAGGAGGUGGAUAUGGUGGAGGCCACGGAGACAUAGGUGGAGGUGGACACGGCGAUGACCACUCGUAUGGGUCCAGCAGCUAUGGAAACAGCAUCUCUUCGGGCUUCGGGAGCAGCGGUCAUGGGAGUUCCAGUGGAGACAGCUACAGUUCCGGAGGAGGAUACGACUCCUACUCUGGAGGCCACGGGGGUGGCUCCUCCUACGGUGGAGGAGACUCUUAUUCCGGUGGAGGCGGAGGCCAUGACGGUGGCUUCAGCGGCUACCACAAGAAAUAA